UUCGAUAUCAGUUUGUUUAAUUUGUUUUCGAAUGAUUUUAGCGUCACAUCAAAAUAGUCACGUCAAACUAGUCUCUAAACGCUGCUUCCAUGUGGCGAACUGACAUAUACAAGGGGAAUAAACUUUUUGGACCAUGAGAGCGAAGAGAGGACCAGGCCAAAAGGUGAUGAUGUCCGGUUCCCGCCAUAACAGACCGGCAGAAUCAUCCCGCGUUCCUCCACUAGCCAGGGAAUAUAUCAGCGCAAUGGCCACGGACCGGGAAUUGGAUCGAUUCAUGGCCCUUUCGUCGACGGCAAGCAGUGGAGCCAGUGGCAGCACCCACAGUUGUGCCCUGGGAUCAGUCCAGCCGCCAGGAUGUGCGUCCAUGGAAAAUGAAUCGCGACCAGAAUCUGGCCACAGGCGUCGUACGAAGUGCAGCGAUCAUCCUUCCCAGGAACGGUCAGUUUCACCACCACCCAGUAAGCACACAAUCAGUCAGUUCCCAUCACCGAAAUCACAAGUAACUCAGGCAAAACCGGAUGAAUACACUAUAAUUCCUAUUGUAUUGGCCAGUAGCCCCACUUUUCGUUCCGUAGCAGUCACCCAAACAAUGUCCCAAUCCGCGGAAGACAUACGCACACCUACCAAGUCGCCCCAGAUGCAAAACAAAAAAACGCAGACACCAGAGUCUGUCCUUAAGUCACACAAACGCCUGGAGUGGGAUCCUGCUGCCGAUGUGGGCUACUGCAAGAGGGCAAUGUCCAUGAGUAACAUCAGCACGCUGGAGCGAUCCGUUCUGGAGGAUUGCGGCUGGCGUCAGCCAACAGAGCAGCGACCCGAGGCGAAUUUGGAUGGAGUGCAGCCCCAUGAAGCCGAGGAACCGUCGCCAAUGCUGGAUAAGCCGACGCCGCCACUGGCUUGCAGCACAUUCGUCAAUCGCAGCGAACGCAUGAAGUCUCUAAACUCCAGAAUGGAAAGUUCAUUGAGCUCCAAUAAAGGCGAUUCUAGGAAGCAGUCCAAAAGUAAAUCAAGAAGACAGGAUUCCGAAGUUAGCUCUUGUCAGACGGACUGUCGCAGCAGCUUGCGAAAGGAGUCAACUCAAGGCAGUUCCGAAGCAAAAGAUAUUCGUGGAAAUUUUUCAACAGAAGGUACCCAAUGCAUUUUCAAUAGAAAUGAUACCGAAACUGACUCCAUAAUGGAAAAAGAAGGAUCAACCGGCAGCCGUAGGAAAGACGAUUUAAGGAUUAGUUCGCGGGUACAAGAUCCACAGAUAACUUCUCGCAGACCAUCGGUGAGUAGCUCGCAGAGGGAAUCGCUGAGCAGUUACAGAAGAGACGACUCCAGGCUCAACUCGCCAAAUAGCUCCAGAUUGGGAUCACAAGUCAGCUCAAGGGUGGAGAGCUCGCGUUCCAGUUCAAGGCGGGAAUCACAAACCACCUCGCUGUACGGCAGUUCGUCGGCCACUAGCUUUGAUUAUCACAUGCAUAUGGCGCAGGAAGUCGAGGUGGUCAAGCAGAAUCAAAGGAGACAACAAGAGAAGGAGGUUGAGCCGCAGGAGCAACUGGAAAAAGAGCAGCACCAAAAUUAUAUGCAACAAGAGGAACAAAACGGAAAAGAACUAAGGAACAAGGAUCAUCAUUCGGAAACGAAGCAGCAAGGUAAUCAGCCACUCACGAGGGACCAAAGAAAAGCUGGACAGCGCCAAGAAAAGGAUCAGCAACCGGAAAGGGAACAGCAAGGAAUUCAGAAACUCACGAGGGACCAAAGAAAAGCUGAACAGCGCCAAGAAAAGGAUCAGCAACCGGAAAGGGAACAGCAAGGAAUUCAGCAACUCACGAGGGACCAAAGGAAAGCUAUACAGCGCGAAAAGGAGCGCGAGCAAGAGCGACAGUACACGGCGGCUCAGUUCGAGAAGAUUCGGAGCAAUAGGCGGCAUGCGAACAAGGAGAACCAGCAGCCCGAGAACCCUGUAGUAAAUCCCUCCACCGGCGACACCGCCUCCACAUCAACCACCUCGUUAGACAUUGGAUCCGGUAGUAGACCGCGAGGAGAACUGGAUCUAGGUAUCGAUUUGCUCUGUUCUCUGGUAAGAUCUCGCAGUCUGAGCCAGGGACAGAAGAAGAAACUCGUCCGGGAUAUAGCCAGGCGUAUCUCUUGUCUGGAACUAACCGAAUCCAGUACUAGUUUGCGUUCCCUGAGCAUCAGCAGCAAGGAGCAGUUGAAGGAGCCUACAGGUUCUCUGCAGCAAGUUGCGCCCACCAGUACGAACCAUUCCAGUUCGAGAAGCUCAUCCAAAGCUGAACGCAUUGCUCUACCAGUUCCCGCUCCACGAAAGCGAGCGGUUAUCGGAUCAGCUUCGCCACUGCCUGAAAGCUUAUUGUACAGUGGCUCAACCAGUGGCUCAGGCGAUGUGAUCACCCAGAAGACCAAUGUUCCGACUCGCGCUGCCUCAACGGAUGCAGAUAUUGAGCCAUUGAACUUGCAGGAUUGGCUGAAUCCCAUGACCCUGAGUGAAAUAGAGUUCGAAGAACGUUUGAAAGGAGGCACGGACUCGGAGCGAAGGAGGCAGCUCCACUGGGUCAAAACAGAGAUUCAUCGCAUGCAGGAAUUUAAGAAUCUUUUGGAAAGUAUCAGUUUGCCCAGCAAGUCGCACAAGGAAGCAAACACGGAAUCUGAGCCUGCCGUGGACCAAUUUCAAUCUGCUGCGACGGCUGCGCAGAUUCCAAGUUCCAUGCGAUGUAUGGGCGACCAGAAAGAGCGACCGGACAAGGAAUAUCAUCUGCAACAAGGAAUGGCAGCUGAAGCAGUUGAAGAGAUGGAAAAUUCGGGAACAGCAACAACACCGGCCCCCCCCGUGAGAAUUGAAUCGGUUGGAGUUAAUCUGACCAACUCUGAUCCUUCCACACUGCCAGCACCGCCGCCGACACAACCACCACCACUACCUCCUCACCUUUACCAGCAGAAUCUGCAGAACCGUAAAAAGAUGGCCACUCCAUUACUUGCCACGAGUAGAUCCACAAGUGGCGGCGCUCGCAGCGAAAGUGUCUGCUCUUUUGUCCAGCAAAGACAGCGUCAGUUCCGCGAGCAUUAUCAGAACCAGCAGCAGCAACAGUUUGUAUUGCUCCAGCAACAGAAACUUUACCAGCUGCAGAAGCAGCUGAACCAGCAAAGAGAUAUUUUGACACAGAGGCAGCAACAUUGUGGUCAGUGUGCUCAAUGUGGUCACCAGCGGACUUGCGUUCAUCAGCAGCAUUGCCCGAAAUUUCAGAGGCGUCAACAGGAAGCACAGGAUCAGCACGAUGAACGAGAGCAAUAUAUGCAGAUGCAGUACGCCCAGCCGGCGGGAAGUUCCUAUGCCACUCCACUCCAGAUUGGUAGCUCAGGCGCGGAUAAGAAUGAAGACAUAUACUACCAAGUGGUCAACUCUCAGGGAGUAGCUAGCUAUGUGCAAGCAACAAUGGUGAGCACAGGGACUCAAAAUGAAGCAAGUGCAACUGGUGGAGCAGAAGGCUCGGCAAUCACCAGAUCGACUACAACCACUACCAAUUCAUUGUCCUCGAUGAUGUGCAUCAGCUCGGACAUGUCCGUACCCAUGGGAUUGAUGAACACCUGUGAGACCACCACUACGACCACCACUCAUCAGUAUGAUGAUGUGGCAUGUCAGCGGGUGCGAAGGGGGCACAAGGAGACCAGGAUGAAUGCAGAGAGCAUGCAACGCCAAACGCUACAAGUGCGUCCGCGUGCCAUAUCCUAUGUCAUUCAGUUUACGCCGACGGGCAGCAGUGAGGUGCUUGGUGAAAUGCCCUCCCUGCAGGAUCAACUGCAGCUGGCUCGUCCCGAAUUCUGUGCCAAUGCCAAGCAGCGCAAGGCCAUACUUAAUGAGAUGCAGAUGAUUCGCAAUGUUCGGCGCCAGGAGCUGGACAAUGUUUUGAACCAGAGUCCCAGCAUGGAGGCGCUGAACAGGCAUCUUGAUCAGCUGCCUCCACCAGCCAUUUCUCGCGUAAGGUUAUUUACCACCAGGGAAAUGAAGGCUAUAACCUCCAAACGCUGCAAAAAUUUGCCGGAAGUGUUGGCCGCCCAAAGUCGCCAGCAGGAGGAGCGCAGACGUCGCUCCAAUCGUUUGAUGCGCGAUGUCUUCAACAAGCGCCUCAAGAGUCGCGUGGCCAACGGAAAGAUAUCGCUGAAUCACAGCGUGGCAAUCAUCUAGAGAAGAUUGAAUAAGAAUUUCCCCACUGCCGAAAUGACACCCACCAGUUAUAGUUUUUUAUUAAUAUGCUUUUGCCACUGCUAGGCUUUGUAUUUUUCUAUAAUUUUUAAUCGAUCACAAUUGUUUAAACCCAGAACCACGUAUGGUUUAGUCUAUACGUAAUGUUAAAAUUUAAUAUAAGCGGCCGGUUAACUCCAAACAUAGAUAACUAUGUUGAUCUAUUUGACUAAAUUUGUAAUUUUUUUAAAAGAAAUAAAUUGAGCACUGGUUGACGAUCGAUUUAAA